CAACUUGCUUAGAACCUAUUGUCAAAGUAUUACAGGAAAACUGAAGAGAAAAUCUAAAUUUUUGUGUUGAAAAAUUGUUAUAAAUAAAAUAAAAUUGGGAGCUGUGUUGCUAUCCCUGGGGUUACCAAUGGAUGCCGGGCACAGAAAGGUGAUAGUCGUAGAAUCGAAAAGCAACUACGACAAGCUCAUCGAGGAUGCGGGGGCCAACAAAUACGUACUCGUCGAGUUCUAUGCCACCUGGUGUGGACCUUGCGCGAUGAUUGGUCCCCGUUUAGAGCAACUGGCAACGGAAUACUCCGGACGGAUGUUAGUCCUCAAGAUCGACGUGGACCAGAACGAAGAUCUGGCAGUCCAGUACGAGGUCAGCAGCAUGCCCACGUUCCUGAUCAUCAAGAACCGGGUAACACUCAUCCAAUUCGUGGGCAGCAAUGUCGAUAGAGUGGUCACCACGGUGGAGAAAUUUGUGGGCAAAGUUGAAGAAUCUAAGGAGAAAAAACCAAACCAUGGAGCUGCCGCAUCAUCUCCUGAGACCAAACUGUAAGGAUUUCGGAAAAUAUAUCUUUCGGGUAUUUUUAAGCGGUCUGUAAUACAAAUUAAAGUGUGUGGAAAAAUGUUA